CCCGCGGCCGGACUUGGUACAGCCGGGACGGCGGUUGGCGUCCUCCGCGGCUCCAGCGAGCGGCGGGCUUUUCAAAUCUUACCUUUGGAGGAGUGGCGGCGGCCUUGGCUGUGGCGCUGGAGAUGGAGGGGCAGACCGUGAGGGGUCCCGAGCUCCGCCUGGCGGGGCUUCCCGCCCAGCAGGAUUGCAGCAUUCAAGAAAAAAUAGAUUUAGAAAUUCGAAUGCGAGAAGGAAUAUGGAAGCUCCUUUCUCUGAGCACUCAGAAAGACCAGAUCUUGCAUGCAGUUAAGAAUCUCAUGGUAUGCAAUGCUCGAAUAAUGGCUUACACAUCGGAGCUACAGAAAUUAGAAGAACAGGUUGCAAAUCAAACUGGAAGAUGUGAUGUGAAUUUUGACAGUAAAGAACGGACAGCAUGUAAAGGAAAGAUUGCCAUAUCAGAUAUUCGUAUACCACUAAUGUGGAAAGACUCUGAUCACUUCAGCAAUAAGGAACGAUCACAGCAGUAUGCCAUUUUCUGUUUAUUCAAAAUGGGAGCUGAAGUUUUUGAUACUGACAUGGUGAUUGUGGAUAAAACAGUCACAGAUCUAUGUUUUGAAAAUGUAACUAUAUUUAAUGAAGCAGGGCCAGACUUUCAGAUAAAGGUGGAGGUAUAUAGCUGCUGUACAGAAGAAUCUUCUAUAACCAACACACCAAAAAAACUAGCUAAGAAACUGAAGACAUCUAUAAGUAAAGCUACAGGGAAGAAAAUAAAUUUGGUGAUUCAAGAAGAUCAUGAAACAUGCUCGUCUUACAGUUCUGCUAUUUUUGGUGUAAAGUAUAAUUUGCUGGCUCAUGCUACUCUGACCUUGGAAAGUGCUGAGGACAGCUUCAAGACCCAUAAUCUGUCUAUUAAUGGAAAUGAGGAGUCUUCAUUUUGGCUUCCCUUAUAUGGCAACAUGUGCUGCCGCCUAGUCGCCCAGCCAGCUUGUAUGGCUGAGGAUGCAUUUGCAGGAUUUCUUAAUCAGCAGCAAAUGGAAGAAAGCCUGAUUAGUUGGAGAAGGUUGUAUUGUGUUUUAAGAGGGGGUAAACUUUAUUGUUUUUACACUCCAGAAGAAAUUGAAGCUAAAGUGGAACCAGCUUUGGUAGUGUCCAUUAACAAGGAAACCAGAAUUCGGGCAAUGGAUAAGGAUGCCAAGAAAAAAAUUCAUAAUUUCUCUGUCAUCAACCCUGUUGCCGGACAGGCUGUAACUCAUAUUUUUGCAGUGGACAAUAGAGAAGAUCUUCAGAAAUGGAUGGAAGCCUUCUGGCAACAUUUCUUUGAUCUUAGCCAAUGGAAGCAUUGUUGUGAAGAACUUAUGAAAAUUGAGAUUAUGUCACCACGGAAACCACCUUUGUUCUUGACAAAAGAGGCGACCUCAGUCUACCAUGAUAUGAGCAUUGAUUCACCUGUAAAACUUGAAAGUUUAACUGAUGCAAUACAAAAAAAACUUGAAGAGACAAAUGGACAGUUUCUUAUUAGUCAGCAUGAAGAAUCCUCACCACCUCUUUGGGCCAGCCUCUUUGAUGAUAAUCAUCAAGUGGUUAUCCAGAAAAAGGUAUUAUCUCCUUCAAGCAAGCAGUUACAUGAUGGGAAAGGGAAAAAAAGACGCGCUCCCCUUCCUCCUUCUGAUAAAGCUCCAUUCAGCUUAAAAACCCAGAGCAACACAGAUCAAUUGGUUAAGGACAACUGGGAGAAAACAAGUGUGUCUUGGACCUCGCCUUUGGAUACCAAAUUAUCAACCCUAAUGCAUCACUUACAGAAACCGAUGGCUGUUCCUCGAAAACUUCUUCCUGCCAGGAAAAAUCAUUUAAAUGAUGGUGAACACAUAGACACUAAAACCAAUUUUGAAGCCAAGCCAGUGCCAGCUCCAAGGCAGAAAUCUAUCAAAGACAUUUUGGACCCUAGAUCAUGGUUGCAGGCACAAGUAUAGAAGACCUUUAAUGUAUAAAGCAUUUAACAAAAUCUAUAACUGUUAGGCUUAAUUCAGAAGCACUAGAGAUAUGGUAAUAUGUAAUUAUGUUGGUAAAUAUGAUAGUGAUUUACAUCAAUAAUUAAUAAGCUAUUAGGUAUUAAAAAUGCUUUAUAAUGAAGAAAUGGAUUUCUCUUUUACUUCUGAUCUUCAGAAUAUAAGUGAUUUCCCUGGUAGAGUGCAAAAGGCAGUUUCUAGACAAUAUCCUACUUGUUGGAAGGGUUAAUUUAUUCCUAAAUUAGUGCCAGCAGUGAGCAAGCACUAGGCAGAAGAAGGCAUUAAAAUUUCUUUGGGGAGAGACUGUCUAGUAAUUUAAAAUGUGUUAAAUAUGAGCCAUAUUCUCAUUGUGAGAAUUUUAAUAGUAAUGGAAUGUUUCAAAAGUUUUAUACAAACCACAAAUUAUAGAAUCCACCCAAGAAAAUUUCUUCUUAGCAUUCUGGAAUUCUCAUCUAAUGGUUCACUGGCUCUCAUCUGUUGUUUAACUCACUAGUUAACUCACUGACCUUUCAAAUUCCUGAGAUGAAUUUUGGAAUAUUAAAUCCUUCAUCUUUAAAGGGAAUUUAUAAUGUGCUAUUCAGAGUUGUUUCCUUGAUGAGCCCUGAAAUCCUGUUGACAUCAACUCUCGUAAGUGAAGCAUAACAUUUAUUAGUUUAGAGAAAAGGUAAAUGAAAUGUUCUUUUAUUUCCAUUUUUCUAUGCAUGGUGCUAAUUUCAAUUGUGACAUUGGAAUUUGGGGAAGUGAGUAGCUGAUUAACACCUUAAAGUUCAUUUAAUACUUAUUUAAAAAGCAGAUGGCCGAUUCAAAAAUAUCAGAAAAGUUGGCCAUGAUAAUAAUUUUCAGAAUCAAUCCUUUUAAAACAUUUUAAUUAAAUUUCCUUUUUCUAGUAAGGGUUGAUGUCUGCUAUUGAUAUUAUUCAUUAAAAGUCAUAUUCUUACAACAAUGACAUCGGAAUCAUUUCCAUAGGAGGUAAUUUCCAUAGCAACUAAUCAUAGUGACCCAAACAGGAUUAUGAAAUCAAGUGAGGAAUUAAUAGCAAGAGGAUGAAUACCUUAAAGGAACAAAAAUCCAUUUUUUAAAUAAUAAUACUCGUAAACAAGAGCUGAACAGUUUUAAAAAUCAAAUCAGAAUUUCCAAAUAAAACAGUUUCCAUAAGGUGUCAGCAACGGCACAAAAAAUCUGAAAUCACACUGAACCCUAAAUGUCAUUGCAAGAAAUAAAAAUAUAAGAAUUAAAUUACUGCCCUGUGUUUAAUCUCUGGAGAUCUUUUUAAAGCUCACAAGAACUCUAUUUGGAUCAGAACUACAUUAUUACAAAGUAAAAUGAACACUUGACAAAAAAGUAACAUUAAUUUAAAUGGAGCCUUUCAUUAUUCUUAGAUAGCAGUCUUUCUUCAUUUAUAUGGAAUGAUGUAACUGCCCGGUUACUUUUGUGUUUGCGGGGGACUCCUAGUAAGAAUUGCAGCUCCAGGGAGUAAUGACACAAAAGGUCUCUUGUGACCCGUGACACCAGGAGAGACAUAGUAUUUGAUGAGAAGGAAGCCCCAUGUGCCUGCCUUAGAGGAUUGUAGAGACAAUCACGUGCAUGAAAACCUGCAAAGGUAGGAUUAAUUCGUUUUUUCUAACGAGAAGGCUCUCAUAAAUUCUGUUGUGGUUGCCAAUUCAGUAAAUGACGUAUUAAAAAUCUACAGGAUAUUAUUGUUUGAAUUUUUGUUUAUUUUUUGAACUUCACUGCUGUUUCUGACAGUGUUUGUGACUGUCAUUGCCACUAAAUUAUUGAGCUAGAAGAUGCUGCAGGCAAAAUUGUUUCUGAAACUGUCAUCUAAGCAUUUUUUUUUUUUUUUUAGUUGAAGCCUUCCUUAUAACAACCAGUGUUAAAACUUCCAAAUUAUAUUCUUGUCAUUUCCUCAUGCAUAUUAUAUCAAGAAGGAUUUAAGGUGUACUGGAAAGAGAAUUUAUUCAUAGAGAAACUACCUAGCAGUUGUGCCCUCAGUGGGAUACUUUGAAAACAAGGCUGAAGUCCUUCCUCCUAGAAAUAUUUAUGUGAAGCCUGACCAAGGACCACAGUUACUCAGGCUAUUUCUGGGGGCCCAUCUAGCUGUAUGCUACAGAGACUUUGGGAUCGGGCUGAAGUCUUCAGCUUCACUUCCUUUAGCGUGGUGUUCAUUAAAUGUUAGCUCACUUCCCCCAAAAGGUAUAAUACAAAGUCGGGGCUCCCUCCCUUCCUUCUUUCCCUCUUACUCCCUUCCUUCCUUCCUUCCUUCCACAGUUAAAAAAAAUCUAAAAAUACUUAGUUAAACACUUUGUCAAGGAGUUCGUCAAAAGAAGUAUUUGUUUUCUCAUUUCCUAAACCGGAAGUUUAUGACAGAUAAAAAUAUGUCAUGUAAUAAAAGAUGUUUCAGCUUUU